AUGUUGCUCUUCUGCCCCCAUUGCGCCAACAUCCUCACCGUCUCCUUCACAAACACGCGCACCAACCGCCUCGAGUGCCGCACCUGCCCCUUCGAGCACCACAUCACCGAGCCCGUCUUCUCGCGCCGCAUGUACGAGCGCGUCGAGAAGGAGGACGUGUUCGGCGGGCCGGGAGCCUGGGACAAUGCGCAAAAGGGCCGCGUCCAAUGCCCCAACGAGGGCUGUAACGGCGACGAGGCCGCUUUCUUCCAGGUCCAGAUCCGCAGUGCCGACGAGCCCAUGACGAGCUUCUACAAGUGCAUGACUUGCGGACACCGGUGGAGAGAGAACUAG